CACUCUCUCUGAAGACCUUACAUACAUUACCUGGGAACCAACAAACAAGAAAAUCGUCAAAGCACGAUUGGACGUAGACAGUAUCCGAGAAAUACGUCACGGCCGCUCCACUGAUGUUCAGCUUGACAGGACCUUACACGACCCAUUCACUGAAGACUGCGCCUUUUCCAUUAUGUACGGUGACAACUUCGAGUCUAUAGACUUCCUAGCUUCCUCGGCAGUGGAAGCAAACAUCUGGGUGGUGGGACUCACCGCCUUGAUGGGAUUAUUAAAAGACCCGUUGGAGGAGAAAGAGAAGAUGCGAGAACGCUGGCUGCAGAAGAGCUUCGAGGUGGCUGUAGCGACUGUCCCGGAGUCUGAGGACGGCACAUUGGACCAGCAGCAGGUGGUGACCCUGGUGCAGAGAGUCUCGGGCCGCACCUUCAGCAGCGACCAUAUCCUGCAGAAACUUGCCGAAUAUGACUACGUGAACAACCCUGGAAAGAGGGGACAACUUGACUGCAGAGGAUUCGUUGAAAUAUAUAAGGAAAUUACAGCCAGACCGGAUAUUUACGCUCUCAUGUACAAGUAUGUGGUUGAUAUACAUGUUUUAGAUUUAAAUUAA